AUAAAACACAAUGUCUCACCAUCAUCAAAAGUAUUAUGAAAGACCAGGUAAGUGUGUCCUCCUACUAUAUUUUAAGAUGGAUACGUGUACUCGCCUGAGGAAUUGGAUGCUCAUAGAAUUCCUUUGCCUUUUAGAGAUAGAUGUGUCAAUUUUUAUGUCCCCUUCUUCAAGUGCCAAUAAAUCAAAACAGACAAUCUAUUCAAAACCUCUCUUGCAGCCAUCGACUAAACCUUGGAUCAUUGGUAUUUCCUUACUUCUAUCUUAGGGGUGGAGAGUGCUACAAAGAAAAAAGAGAUUAUCUAAAUUGUGCUAAGGCAGCGUAUUAACAUCAUCUCAUUAUAUUUUCAGCUACCAAUAUUCCUUAGCCGUUCCUGUUCAAAAUAUUUAUACUGCCAAUCCAUGGUAUGCUAGUCAAGAAGGUGUCUCAGCCGAAUUAGAAAAAAAUCAUUUUAGUUCACCAGUCCUGUAUUGAGAAAAUAAUCAAAUUUAGUACAAAAUAAAACAUUAUUUAUUAUUU